AAAUCAGAGAAAAAAUGAUUAUGAAGUUGGGUCUUCUGCUGAUCAUCUCCUUUCUAUGCCUAACAGCUAAAGCAUCAUCACCACCAGAUGAAUAUAUGGUAAAGCCAAAUUGUCGGUAUCGAUGCGGAAACGUUACCAUUCCCUUCCCAUUUGGGAUCGGGGACAGCUGUUAUCUGAACGUGUGGUACUCAGUAAACUGCAGCGUUAAUAUGUCUUCUGGUGCUGAAAAGCCCUUUCUAAACCAUACUAAACUCAACCUGGAGCUGCUGAAUGUAUCACUGGAACACCGAACGGUGGAAGUUAAUAGUCCCAUAGCUUCCUAUGAUCAGCGGCAGGGGGAGAGCAACACGUCUCAGCCAAGUAUUGAUCUGGACAAAAGCCCGUUCCUGUUCUCGAGGCUCGAUAAUAUAUUCGUGGUGUUGGGUUGUGGCCAAGCAAAACUCAUGGAUCAUGAGAAUGUCUGGGCAGACUGCACCUCCAUUUGCAAUAAUAGUUAUCCUGCUCAAGGCCGCAAUGGCUUCAACUUUUGCCAAACCCCAAUUCUAUCCACAGAUAGCUACUAUCGCAAUAACUACCUUGUGGGUUUUACCCGAGGCUGUGAAGGAAACAACUACUCUAACUCCACUACCCAUGCCUUCUUGGUGGAUAGACACUGGUUUUCUCACAACUCCACAAAACCUGAGGAUAUUACAAGAGUGAAGUAUGCUCCGUUAUCAUUGUUGUGGAAGACAAAAAGUGGGGACAACGCCAGCUCUGACUGUAACCGCAUCGCGUACUACAACCCGAUGAUGGGAUUAUAUGUUCAUUAUUCUUGCAGCUGCCCAUUGCGUCACGAAGGCAACCCUUAUCUUCCCAAGGGAUGUGAUCAUGUUGUCAAAGAAUGCACCAACUGUCGGGGAACAUGUGAUUAUCGUUACAGAUUUGACGAUCCAAGUUAUCGAAAGUAUCAUAUUGAGUACUCUUGCAUCACGAAGGAUAGGUUAAGACCUAUAAUUCUAGGUGUCAGCAUAGGUGGUGGAUCUUUGUUACUACUCCUUGGAAGUAUUGGGUUGUAUAAAGUAGUGAAGAAAAAAAAGGAGAUUAGACUCAAAAGACAAUUUUUUAAACGAAAUGGUGGUCUAUUGUUGGAACAACAAAUCUCUUCUGGUGAAGUUGCUGUUGAGAAAACAAAAAUUUUCACUUCUAAGGAGUUAGAGAAGGCCACUGACAACUUCAAUUUGAAUCGGAUUCUUGGUCAAGGGGGUUAAGGAACAGUUUAUAAAGGUAUGUUAACUGAUGAAAGAAUUGUCGCAGUUAAAAAGUCAAUGAUAGUUGAAGAAAGCCAAAUAGAGCACUUCAUAAAUGAGAUUGUGAUUCUUUCACAAAUCAAUCAUAGGAAUAUAGUUGGGCUCUUAGGUUGUUGCUUGGAGACAGAAGUUCCUUCAUUAGUUUAUGAGUACAUUUCCAAUGGAACCUUGUUCCAACUUAUUCAUAGUCAAGAUACGGACUUCCCAUUUUCAUGGGAAAUGCGUUUACAAAUUGCCAUAGAGGUGGCAGGGGCACUUGCUUAUUUACACUCAACAUGUUCUAUACCAAUUUAUCAUAGAGACAUUAAGUCUACUAAUAUACUUUUAGAUGAUAAAUAUAGAGCAAAAGUGUCAGAUUUCGGGGCAUCAAGAUCUAUUGCUAUUGAUCAAACUCAUUUGACUACUCUUGUACAAGGGACUUUGGGUUACUUGGAUCCAGAAUAUUUUCAAACAAGUCAAUUUACUGAAAAAAGUGAUGUAUACAGUUUUGGAGUUGUUCUUGUCGAGCUUUUAACAGGACAAAAGCCAAUUUGUUCAACAAGACCACAAGAAGAGAAAAAUUUGGCAACACAUUUCAUUUUGUCAUUACAAGAGUCUCGUCUAUUUGAUAUUCUUGAUUCUCGAGUUGUAAAGGAAGGAGGGAAAGAAGAGAUCAUGGCAGUUGCUUACCUUACAUAUCGAUGCUUAAACUUGAAUGGAAGGAAAAUGCCUACAAUGAAAGAGGUUAUCACAGAAUUAGAGCAUAUUAGAGUGUCUCCUCCAUCUUUAAAGGUUGACCAAAAUUUUGAAGAGAAUGCAUGCAUCGAAAUGGAAACAUCAGGCCCCCUAGAUAGUACUUCAUCUUUCAGAAGGUCGUGUUUGAAUUACAACAAAGCAUCUUCCUCAGAUGAGCAACCAUUGUUAUUUAACACAUUAUGAUUGACA